CAGUCGAUAUUUCCAAUACUUUGUAAAUGAUAAUAGAAUCAGCUGUGGUAUUAGAAACUUUUAAUUUCGAAUAAAAUACGAUAUAUAUUAUAUGAUUAAUGUUUUACAGUGAAUUUAUUAUUUGUAUUAAAAUAACUGAUUGUAUUUCAAUGUGAAACACAAAAAAGUCAAUACGGAUAAUUACGUACGAUCUCGCCAUUUAUCGUUCAGAAACGGUAAUCAUCAGUUCAGAAAAAUAGCAAAUAAAAACACAUUAUCUUCAUAAGGAUAAUGGAUUUAUUAUGUAGUAACGCAACUAGUGCUACCAAUUGAAAGUGAAUCUCGUUUCUAGCUCAAGAAAAAAUUUACUCUAUAAAAAUGGAAAUUUCCUUGACUCCUCAAAUUAAGGCUGUUACAAACCCAGUAUCUGCUGAUGCAUCUGACAAAUACACAAUUUCUGCAGAACAGAAAAAGUUUUAUGAAGACCAUGGGUUCUUGGUUAUCAAGGGAUUAUUUGAAUUUGAUACUUUAUAUAAUUACAAACGUCGCUUCAUACAAAUAUGUAACGGAGUGGUAGAUAGAGGGAAUGCUACAUUAGUGAAGGAGGCUGUUUUAGCCAAAAAGGGAUUGAAAGGGGAGCAGGUUAUUAAUAAGAUCCAGGAGGUGCACUAUGAUGACGUGUUCAUGACGUACACGGAGCACCCCCGGCUGCUGCACGUGCUGGCGCAGUUCAUCGGCGACCACAUCCGCGUGGUGAACAGCAUGUUCAUCAAUAAGCCGCCCGGGAGUGGCCGCCAUCCGCCGCAUCAGGAUCUAUUCUACUUUCCAUUUCGUCCUGCUGACAAAAUUAUAGCAUCCUGGACGGCUGUAGAUCACGUGACAAAAGAAAAUGGCUGCCUUUUUGUUAUUCCUGGCUCGCAUAAGAACAACAUUCUGUAUCCUCAUGGACAUACCAAGGGUGCUAAUAAACUGUACCACGGUAUACUGGACGAGUCCGUGUAUGACACAAACCAGUACACCCACUUGGAGAUGAGUCCAGGAGACACUGUGUUCUUCCAUCCGCUGAUCGUGCACGGCUCUGGGCCCAAUGUUAGCCAGACAUAUCGCAAGUCGAUAACCGCCCACUACGCGAACAGUUCUUGCUACUAUAUAGAUGUGAAGGAUUCCGUGCAGCAGCCCGUCGCUGAGGAGGUGGAGGCUGAGGCCAGGAGGCGCGGCUUCGAGCUGAGCUUUCAGGAUACUUGGCGGUUCAAGAGUAAGCAAGUUUUGGGAGUUAGAUCUACGUUAUAAUUCAGUGAAAUUGUAAUAAAAAGUGCUUUAUUUUUUUUUCCUUUUUUAAUAUUUCACUUGGUGAAAUGGUGUUAAUUUUAAUUCUUAUAUGUAAGUGAUGGGAUUUUGUGAUGUACAAAUUUGAAAUUAUAUUGUUAUACUCAUUUUUUUUUUAUUUAAAGGGAUUUUGGUGCUCUCCAAUUAUUGUAAUGACUGUGAUAGAUUUGUAUAUUUUGUAAUAAAAGUCGCGAAUUAAAAA